GACCUCUACAACGGCAUCGAGCUCGACGACAGCAGCUUCAUGUUCACCCUGGAGGCCGAUGAUGUAGCUGUGCAAACGCCGGCUGCAUGGAGGGCCAGGCCUUUGAAGAUCCACCCGGAGCCUCCACCAGCCAACCAAAGAAAGGAGCCUGGGUCAGGCACCCCAACUCGGAGUGGUGCCGCGACGGUCGAUGCCAGUACAGGCAACAACACGCCUACCGGAGGUCGCACUCCCCGACAGAAGGCGGCCACACCGCCAAAGGUGGAGACGCCGCCGCCCAAGGACUUGCCGCCACCGGCCAGGUUGGAGCCCUCGGCCCUGGAGGACUCUGAACCGUCCCCGGAUGAGGCGUUGAUUGAUCCAGGCAAAACAAGUGCCAAGAUCCACAUCAGCAACCGCCAGCUGGAGCACCUGAAGCAAAAGAUGCAGGUGCUCAAACAGCGGAGGACGUCCACACCGGCCGAGGACCGGGAAGACAAGGAGAAGGAGAAGGAUCCCAAGGAACCUGAAGGUAGCAAGGAGGCCGAGGAGCCCAAAGCGAAGGAGGAAGCUCCAAAGGAGUCCAAAGAGAAGCCCGAGCAGGUUGACACGGAUGCGGAGAUACCGAGUGUGUCCAGGAGGAUGGAGGGAAAGGUCCAUUCCAACUGCCCUGGAGCGCAUGGGCUCAGCUUCUUCCUGACUCCAGAGACCGGCUGGUGGUGUAGUGUCUGCGAGAAAGAGCACGUGAAGGGGUCUGGGUUCUAUGGCUGCCGUCAAUGUGACUACGACGAGUGUCAGCGCUGUGCUCUGACGCCGCAGCCGGCUUCCAAAGAGCCCAAGGCUGCCCCAGCGCCGGAGUCUGGCAAUAACUCCCAUGCUGCACACGGUGAUGUCAACAGCCGUGGCAAUAACAGCGCAAGCAAGACUCCGCCGCCUCCGCGGAAAGGAGCUGAAAAGAGGACUACGCCAGCUCCGUCUAAGAGCCCGUCCAAGAAAGGCUCCUCCAACGCAGCGUCCAAGGCUUCUUCCUCGUCCUCCUCGUCCAGCUCCGGCGAGUCCAGAUCAAAGUCUUCCUCAAAUUCUUCCCCACCCCGGAAGAAGGCCAAGGAUGCGAAGAAGGACAAGCCGGAAGCCAAAAAGAAGGAGGCGGUGCGUAGUACGCCGCAGCCUCAUUGGCUUUGUUUCCUUCGAGCUGUCAGUCAGCAGGCCAACUCGAAGGAGAAGGAAAAGGAGAAGGACAAGGAGAAGAAAGAGGAGAAGGAGAAGAAAGAGGCCAAGAAGGCCGACCAGAAGAAAAAUCAGGUUCGGAUGGUUCGGGUUCAAGCUGUGAAAUCAAGUUCUCAGACCCAGCGAAAGGCCAAGCGCAAGGCCACGGCAACGGCCUCGGCAGCCUGCAUGCGGCGUGCACAUCUCUUCACAGGGCCUUCGAGCUCUACAAGUCAUGUGUACAUGCCCAGGCGAAGGUGA